AUGGCAGUCUAUUCGUAUCUAUCUAUCUAUCUAUCUAUCUAUCUAUCUAUCUAUCUAUCUAUCUAUCAGAGUCUAUUCGUAUCUAUCAGUUAUCUAUCUAUCUAUCUAUCUAUCUAUCUAUCUAUCUAUCUAUCUAUCUACCACAGGCUGCACAUUAUAUUUCCUCAAUCUAUUUAUCUAUCUCAUCAUCUCACUGACUCUCUUUAUUUGUGCAUCUCUCUACUUGCCUGCCCCUCUCUCUUUGUAUAUCUUUCUUCGUGUAGGUGUGUGCGUGUGUCUCUCGCUCAUUAUGUAUCUCUCUCUUUCUCUCUCUCUCUCACUCUCUCUCUCUCUCUCUCUCUCUCUUGUGUAGCUAGGGUGAUAUGGAAAAGUUCUCGGCCAACUACAAUUUUUGCACGAUCUAUCUAUCUAUCUCAGUCUGUUCAUAUCUAUCUAUCUCCGUCUGUAUCUAUCUAUCUAUCUAUCUUUUAUCUAUCUAUCUAUCUCAGUCUGUUCAUAUCUAUCUAUCUAUCUCCGACUGUACUUAUCUAUCUAUCUAUCACAGUCUGCUCAUCACAAAGGUAUUACGUCACAGUCAGUGUGCGUCACAGUCAGUGUGCGUCACAGUCAGUGUGUCUCAAAGUACGUAACAUUCAGAGUGUGUUACAGUCAGAGUGUGUCACAGUCAGACUGCGUCACAGUCAGAGUGCGUCACAUUCAGAGUGUUUCACAGUCAGACUGUGUCACAGUCAGAGUGCGUCACAGUCAGAGUGCGUCACAUUCAGAGUGUUUCACAGUCAGACUGUGUCACAGUCAGAGUGCGUCACAUUCAGAGUGUUUUACAGUCAGACUGUGUCACAGUCACAGUCCGUCACAUUCAAAGUGUGUCACAUUCAGAGUGUGUUACUGUCAGAGUGCGUCACAGACAGAGUGCGUCACAUUCAGAGUGUGUCACAGUCAGAAUGCGUCACAGUCAGAGUGCGUCAAAGUCAGAGUGCGUCACAGUCAGACUGA